AUGCAUUUCAAGGCACGUAUUUCCAGUUGUUCUCUAUUUAAUUUGUAUUUUUGUAAACCAGAUGAAAAACAAGUUUGUGAAAGGUACGAUUUUACGACCACUGCCGAAGUAAGUGAUGGUGAUGAGGAUCAUGAAGUAUGUAGGAAAGAGAAUUUAAUUCUAAGGAAAAAGAGUCGAAAAGGAAAACAAAUCGUGUAUUCGUCAGACAAUAAUUCUGAUAGUGACGGUGGAAAUGCUAACUCUAUUUCAGAUUUCCCACCUCCACCAAAGAAAUUUAUUUCAGCAACGAACGAUUCGAGCAUCCAUUUCACGUCGAUGAUUCCAAGAACACCACUGUCAAGAUCGAGAAGCCCUCUUCGAGAAAAACCGAAUAGCAGUAACAGACCACGGAACAAACAACACAAUGAGCUUGUCACAAUGAACAAACACUUCUCUUCAUCAUCAUCCAAACACAUUCUGCAUCGAACUGCAAAAGAAAGUCAAGACCCAGAAUGCGUUCGAGAUCGAAAACAAGAUCAAGGACGAGGUCCAAACCUUCUCAGUCAGAGGAACAAAGUUUAUCUGGAAAGAAAAAGACCCCAGAAUACCUUAGAUCCAACGAUGGACCAUUACUUUCGGGAGCUGCAGAUAUUCUGGCAUCAAUAUUCCCUGAUGCAACAAGAAGAUCACGAUCAAAAACCAAGUCUAGAUCACGAUCAAAAACAAGAUCUAGAUCGACUUCCCGAUCAGAAAGAAAUGACAGAACGAGAUCACGAUCGACGACAAGCACCAGGGGUAAGAAGGGAAAGUUUCGCUGAAAAUACUAUCCCAGAAAAACAGCAUGAGCGAAGUUUUGGUAUUGAAAACACCGUUGCUAGGAGUAACAGUGGAUUCCCCAUAUCAGAAGCAAAAUUUCAAAGGAGAGUUUUGCAGCUAUUAACCGAAAUUCGUAACUCGGUUGCCCAAGUGGGAAAAAGAUGUUCUCCUGCCAAUUCUGCAGUUCAUAUCGAUCAGGCAACGAGCUUGGAGGAACUGAUCGCAUUAGAAAGCAGCCUUGCUGAUAAAGACACCAGAGAUGUAUUGUUAUCACGAAUCAUUGAUAUCGGAGGACUGAACGUCAGAGAGAAUGUCCGCAAUGUAAUGCACAGAUUGAUGAAUAAUGAAGUUAUGGCAUCAAUGAACAUGAAGGGAAAGGGUUCGAAAUAUGCGUUUGGGUCUACCAAAGUAUUUCAAGCUGUUGUAGAAUGUGUGGUUAAAAAUCAAAAAACGUCAGAAGCGGAGGUGAAGCAAGCUGUACAGCAACUGCUGAAAUACGCGCCAGAUAGGCAAGGAGGAGGUGGACGAAAAGACACCGCUUAAAUUUUGAAAACAAAACACUUAAAUAAAAUUUACUU